CGGAAUCACCGGAAAUAAAGUCACUGACACACUGGCGGAAUUAAGGGACAGAAAACGUGGUACGAGAAUGAAAGUCACCGGCACAACGUCGAGGCAAGCACAGGAAGAAAAUUCAAGAUGGACAUGAAAAUGGAAUAAUGAAAACAUGAAGAUGAUGAUGAAUGACAAAUGGGACGGAAUAUAACGAAUAUGGUGAGGACUCCUCGGUUUGGCUACCGGUUUCGGUGGAAAGCUGUACUGGAGGAAAGUCUGGCAAGGUCGCAGAUGACACAACAGGCGCAGCAACGUACGAAGGAGGCAAAGAUGAAAUGACGGAUGGCGUUUCUGAUGAAAUGACAGAAGGCAAUGAUGUGGCGGAUUGCAGACAGGAUGAACUGAUGGUAGAGGAACUUACGGAAGAAGCAGAUGAGGUCGCAGGUGCCUGUGGCGGAGCAGAUUCCAGGGUGCUGGUGGUCGGUGCAACUGGGAGACGAGAAACAAAUUUCAGGCUGCCAGGAUCAAUGUAAUUACUAUUCGGUUUGAGUUAAAGUUGACACAGCUGGAGAUGAUUCUCUAGAGACAGCUGGGACAAGUGAUGAAUACUGCGGAGGUGGAAACGCAUAUCUGUCUUUCGCUUGCAAGUAGACUUACAUCCUGGGAUGGAACAAUAGAAGAUAACAUGAUGGAGCUUGUGCUUCGUCUCCCAGUGCCUGGCAUAACUCUUCCUGGUGGUAAAGGAGGUAAAACCACAGGACACUACUGGACAACUCAUUCCGGAAUGGAACUCAAAGGGGCAGGAUGAAGAUUCCAGAAGUUCCGCAAGAUCCUCAUCGUGGACCAAAAGGUCAAGGACAUCAGUGUCCAUAAUUGACAUGACUAUAUAAAGUGGUGGUGAUGACAACGAUGAUAAGGAUGGGAUCAAACGAUGAUGAUAAUGAUGAUGAUGAUGAAAAUGUUGUAAGGAUGAUCCAAAUGAAACUGUAAAUAAAUAAACACAUAGUUUGAGGAAAUAGCAAACAUGUUGCUUACCAUUUUAAGUACAUGUAAACACCAAUAAAG